AUGAAAGAUCCUCUGGAGUAUGUCAACAAAAUAAACUUCAACACAAACCGGUUCCCUCAAUAUACCCAUAUCCUCAUGGAAAACGGAGAUGAUGUUGGGCCGUUUGUAGCCAAACUGUCCAGCUAUACAUUAUCAGAUGAAGAUAAACUGAAGCAACAAAAGUAUAAUGAGAAAUAUAUAAAAAUAAACAACAAAUUGCCAGAUGAUAAAUCUCCUAUGUCCAUUUUGAAAUUUAAUUAUAGGCCAUAUGUCAGGAACAAAUUCAGAAAAUCGCUCAUGUUGUCUGCUGUUGUCUUCACUUCAGCCUUAUUGUAUGAUAAAAAGGAGAAGUUGGUUGCCCUUUACUCGGAGCAGUGA